GAAGCUUUGAAGCAAGCACGCGCCGAAAAGCGAAAGGACCCAAUGCCGACGGAUUUGCAGUCAUUGUCAGCAAAAGCAGCCAAGGAGAUUGACCUUGUUCCGAGAGAAAACGUUGCCAAGUGGCUUACUUAUCUCAGAACGCAAAUGCCUACCAUCGCUUUCAAAGCUAGCACACAAGAGCAGAAUACAAACAUUGUAAGCUGCUUUUACACCAGUCAUUUCUGUCAUUCACCUUGCUUAUGGAGUCGAUUCACUAGCUCGAAUCUGAACAAUUCUUCCUCUGCCAAAUGCAUUGGAGCUGAUCUUGUCAUGAAGUUGUUAGGAAAUUAUUGCCGUAACAAAGAUAUCAAGACUAGCAUCCGUGUUGGAAUUGUCGGAUUUCCUAAUGUUGGUAAAAGUAGUGUCAUCAAUAGCUUGAAAAGAAGACGAGCUUGCAAUGUUGGAGCGAUGCCCGGUAUAACAAAAGAAAUACAAGAAAUAGAGCUUGACAAACAUAUUCGCUUGAUAGACUCACCUGGUGUUGUUGCUCUGCGAAAUGCCAUUCGCGUUGAUUCAUUGAUGGAUCCUGUUGCUCCUGUAUAUGCAAUUCUACGUAGAUGUUCGAAGGAAACGGUCUUAAAUGAUUGGAACACUGGUCGACUAAGGUAUUAUACUCAUCCACCAGAGGAUACAUCAUCUGUUGCACCUGAAGCGGGAGUAUCUGCCGAGAUUGUCAGCCAGUUCAGCAAAGAGUUUGAUAUAGACACUCUGGAUGAAGAUUUGAAGCAAUUAGUUGAAGGUCUUCCCAUGGAAAUGGAUGCCACAUUUGUGCCCUACAAUUCAUCAAAUGAAGAAGAGGACGAAAAAGAAGGAGAAAUGGAUGUGGAUAACAACUCUGUGGUUGUCACUAGCGGGAAAACCAAAAAAGUCGAUCGCGACCGCGAAAGCACUGAAGCCGUUUCUCUUCCAAUGAUUGAUGGUAAUGCGCAGUUGAAUCGAGUGAUAAAGAAAGCUCUGAAGAAGAACAAACGUGCACAGAGGAAACUUGAAAAACGCACCACCAAGCUGACCGACGCCAUGGAUAUAACAACCCUAUAA